AUGCCACCCGAAUCCACCCCAGCCAAGGGGGGAGGCAUGAUGUCGCUAUAUGCUAAUCUCCUCGAUCCCUCCGCCGAGUCCGCCCCAGGGACCAUAUCCCGUGCUCCCGUUGUCUUCAAACAGUCCGACGCCGACGCGCAACCCGACGAGUCCGCUGCAAAGAAGCAGCAGCUCAAUCCUGCUUCUCUCCGAUUCCAACCAACUAUAAAGCGACCUCAACCCGCCAACCAGAAACCCAAAGCUAAAUCCACCCUCCCCAAAGCGACCGCGCCACCAGCCACUCAAGAUCCAACGCCUACUUCCAUCUCAACAUCUAUAUCUGCACCUGCACCUGCUGGCAAAACCACACUUGCAGACUGGGCUGCCACGGAAGAUGAUGACUUCGGGUAUUAUAUGGGCGAGAAGCGGCAACGAGGCGGUCGAAAGAAGCGCAAGAAGAACAACAACGACAACCGCGAGGAGCGAACUGUCCCGCAGAACUGGGAUGAUAUUUACGACCCUUCACGACCAAACAACUACGAAGCAUACCGCCAUAGCGACGAGAAGAUCCUCGAAGUGCGAGAGUGGAAGGAUCGCCUAUACGCCCAUCGCAUGAGGCGGUCACCGAGCAUGGAUUCGGAUAGCGCUUACGAACGUCCAGUCAACCGCAACUUUGCGCCGCCUAGCAGCUUUGCGCCACCGCCAAAUCUCAAUGAUAUCCCUCCCCCGCCCGCGUCAGUCCCCGACGAUGCCUCUGGCGACGAUGCUUUCGCACGCCGCGCGCGUAUGGGCCAGCCUUCCAGCAAUGAUGUCCCCAUGUCCGACAAUUAUAGCUCUCACCCUCCACCACCACCACCACCACCGGUAGAACCUCCUGCUCCUCCACCUCCAGACGACCCUACCGGCGAAGACGCAUAUAUGCGCCGACAACAACAAACCGAGCCUCCACCUCCACCUCCAUCACUCCCACCUCCACGCUCUACAGACACUUUCCAACCCCCGUCUGCAACUAUAUCCCGAGCACCAGUCCGUUAUACACUUCCCCCGGCUCCAGCCGACAUACCAGCCUCAGAAGCCGAACUAGAAGAAGCCAUGGCCCAAGAACAAGCCCCCGAGAACGACCCCGAAGCCGAAGCCGAAGGAUCAAACAACGAGACCGGGGCCCGUUCCUUACGUCCCGGCCAGAAGGGCUUUGCCGAGCGUCUUCUCUCGAAAUACGGCUGGACGAAAGGGUCCGGUCUGGGCGCGGAUGGAUCGGGUAUUGCGAAGCCGUUGCAAGUCAAGGUCGAGAAGCGGAAGAAAAGGCCCGAUUCCGAGGGUGGGGGAUUUGUUACGCCUUCUGGGCGGGGUACGAUUAUCGGGGGAAAGAGGAAAGGGGGCGAUGAUCCGGGGAAAUUUGGGGUGAUGAGUGAGGUCAUUGUUUUGAGGGGGAUGCUUGAUGGGAUGGAUUUGGAUACGGAGUUGAGCGGGGAAGGUGGUGGGUUGAUGCAGGAGAUUGGUGAGGAAUGUUCUGAGAAGUAUGGAAGUGUAGAACGCGUCUACGUUGCCAGAGAUGUCGGCACCCCGGUCCCGGUAUUUGUCAAGUUCACGAGCCCACUAUCCGCUUUACGAGCCGUCAAUGCUCUUGAAGGACGAAUCUUCAACGGAAACGCUAUCACUGCUCGAUACUUUGACCCCGAAAAGUUUGCGCAGGGUAUUUAUGUAGAGUAA